GGGCCUUCAGUUUUCUGCGGCAGGGAGAACUACCUGGGAACAGGGAACAUUGCUUUCGUCCGGCACGUACGGUAGGGGUGAUCGCGAAUCUUCCACUGACAGCGCGCCGGCGCCAGGGCUGAGGGGCCGAGGGCGCUAAUCCGGGACCGCCCCAGCCGCCCUCCGCCGGCUUUUGAGUGGCCCCGGAAGUGGCCCGGGCGCCUGGCGACGGCGGAAAGUCUUUCGGAACGAAAAGGCCGAGGCCAGGCUGUAGCCAGACGACCGCGUCCUCACUCAGCCGGGGUCCCACCAACCUCACGCCCCUCCGGCCCGCCUUCCCUCCAGGACGCGCUGCCUGCCCUCCAGGCUCCGCCCUCGGCCCGCCCCCAGAGCUAAUACCGGUGGGCGGGCGUGUGGGGAGCGAGCUUGCUCUUCUGCGCUAGGACGCUGGCACCCUCGCUCCCGCCGCCACUCGGGGCCAUGCUGCGGAUCUGUGCCGCGCGCCUGCGCUCGGUCGGGGCCCCGCGCUGUCCGCGGGGAGGCGCGUGCCCGCCUGCGAGCCAGCCGGGACCGGCGCGGAGAUUAUUUUCUUCUGAGAAACUCACUCAGAGGGACCAUUCUCUCCCCAACCCCAGCUGGAGCAAGGAUUUAAGACUCCUCUUUGACCAGUUCAUGAAGAAAUGUGAAGACAGCUCCUGGAAACGUUUGCCUUCAUAUAAAUGUGAAUUUUCUCAACAGGUUCAAGACUUCAAAACCCAUUUUCUUGACCCAAAGUUUAUGAACGAACAAAUGGUACAUGGCCAGCUCUUCACCAGAAGCUUUGAGGAUGGCCUUGGCUUCGAAUAUGCAAUGUUCUGUAAUGAUGCUGAGAAAAGGAUAGUUUGCUUGUUUCAAGGAGGUCCUUACCUACAAGGAGCACCUGGAUUUCUUCACGGAGGUGCCAUUGCAACCAUAAUUGAUGCUACUACUGGUAUGACUGCAUUGUUAGCUGGGGGAAUUGUCAUGACUGCCAAUCUCAACAUCAAUUUUAAAAGACCCAUCCCCCUUUGUUCUACUGUUGUGCUAAAUAGCCAACUUGAUAAAGUUGAAGGAAGGAAAUUUUUUGUUUCCUGUAAUAUUCAUAGUGUUGAUGGGAAGAUACUGUACUCAGAGACAGCAGGCUUAUUUAUAAAGCUGGAUCCUGAUAAACGUUUGAAAUAAAAGAGCGUCUGGUGAAUUCCACACCAUUCUGCAUAAGGUUCUCCUUCGUACAGAAGAAGCAGUUGUCCCCACACAUGCUCUGCUCACCCACUGCUGAAUACCCCGUAGGGGAGAAGCCUGCUAACACUGCCCUUCCUGAACAGUCUUCUACAUAUCAGUCCAGGAGUUCAGUUUCCUCUUUCUAACCUUUUUAACACAGAAAUGCUGCCUAUGAGGGAGAGUAUCAGUAGGUCUUUUUGUCUCCUUAGCAUAAGUGUCUGGUUCUCCUGAGAUGUUUUAUUGUUUAUUAAAACAUAAUUGAUUAUAUGUA